AUGGGUGUGGAGUGCGACAUAGACGAUUUACCGAAGAACGAUGCCAACCACACUGCCUUGACCCCGCUAUGGUUCUUGGAAAGAGCAGCUCUGGUGCACCCCACCAGAAGAUCCAUCAUCCACGGAUCACGACACUACACGUGGUUCCAGACCUACCAACGCUGCCGCCGAUUCGCCUCUGCUCUCUCUAACCAUUCCAUCGGCCAUGCCAACACCGUAGCUGUUAUUGCACCCAACAUUCCAGCCUUCUAUGAAGCUCAUUUUGGAAUUCCAAUGGCAGGGGCUGUGUUGAAUGCAAUUAACAUUCGUCUGAACGCUCCAGCAAUAGCUUUCCUUCUUGCUCAUUCAUCGACAGCAGCAGUGAUUGUGGACCAAGAGUUCUUUUCCGUGGCAGAAGAGUCCUUGAAAAUCUGGUCUGAGAAAAGCGAAAGCUUUAAGCCUCCUAUUUUAGUUGUCAUUGGUGACGAAAAUUGCCACCCCAAGGUUCUGAGUCACUGUGUAGCCAGAGGAGCUGUUGAGUAUGAGACAUUUCUGGAAGGUGGGGACCCUGAAUUCAAGUGGAAGCCUCCUCAGGAUGAGUGGCAAAGCAUUGCUGUGGGUUACACGUCUGGUACCACUGCUAGUCCUAAGGGUGUGGUGUUACACCACCGAGGGGCGUAUCUCAUGUCUCUAAGUGGAGCUCUUCAUUGGGGAAUGAGUGAAGGUGCUGUGUAUCUGUGGACACUUCCCAUGUUUCAUUGCAAUGGCUGGUGCUAUCCUUGGACACUUGCUGCUCUUUGCGGGACUAACAUUUGUAUGAGACAGGUAACAGCUAAGGCAGUAUAUGCAGCCAUUGUGAAGUACAAAGUAACUCAUUUUUGUGCAGCACCGGUGGUUCUUAACUCAAUACUGAAUGCCUCUUCUGAAGAAGCCAUCCUUCCUCUACCGCAUGUUGUACAGGUGAAUACAGCCGGGGCUCCUCCUCCUCCAUCUCUGAUUGCUGAAAUGUCUCAAAGAGGAUUUCGUGUGACUCACACAUAUGGUCUCUCAGAAACCUAUGGCCCCUCCACCAUAUGUGCUUGGAAGCCAGAGUGGGAAUCACUUCCCAUUGAACAGCUAGCCCAGCUCAAAGCAAGGCAAGGAGUGCGGUACAUUGCCUUGGAAGGCCUAGAAGUUAUGAACCCAAAAACCAUGCAACCUGUUCCUGCUGAUGGUGCCACUGUUGGUGAGAUUAUGAUGAGGGGCAAUGCUGUGAUGAAAGGGUAUCUGAAGAACCCCAAAGCCAAUAAAGAGGCCUUUGCAAAUGGAUGGUUUCAUUCUGGGGAUCUGGCUGUGAAGCAUAAAGAUGGAUACAUAGAAAUCAAAGACAGGUCAAAAGACAUCAUCAUCUCGGGUGGUGAAAAUAUAAGCAGUGUUGAAAUAGAGAAUGUUCUGUUCUCUCACCCUGAAAUACUUGAGGCAUCAGUGGUGGCAAGGCCAGAUGAGAAGUGGGGUGAGUCACCUUGUGCGUUUGUGACACUGAAGGAAGGAGUGGAUGGUAGUAAUGAGCAACGUUUGGUUGAAGACAUAGUUAAGUUCUGUAGGUCACGCAUGCCUGCUUAUUGGGUUCCAAAAUCAGUUGUAUUUGGACCAUUGCCAAAGACAGCUGCUGGGAAGACACAGAAGGCUUUGCUGAGGGCAAAGGCCAAGGAGAUGGGGCCUUCUAGGAAGAGCAAGUUGUAA